GAGUGAACUGUGUGUACUGAUUGUUGGAAUGUCCGAUUUCUUAAUUCUCAGUGUUUAGUGCUUUACUAUUAUUGCGCCUAUUGGGUUUUUACUUUUUACCUUUUGGCUUUUGGUGAAUAUCGUCGAUAGGGUGGCCGUCACUUGUCAGGUCGCCUGAAAUCUGAUUCAUUGUCUAGGGACUACUGAACGUUAUUCUCCUCCACAAACUACAACAUUACAGUGCGUCGCAUUAUUUGCAUUACUAAUACUUUCGCGUAUUGAAAAUAAUUUUAUUACACUAACAGUAUUACAAAUCGCCAUAAUAUUGUAUUAUUGUUUAAUAUUUUACGAUCUAUCAAUGUCUAUAGUUUUUUUUAAUUCAGUUCGUCAUUGUUAACAGAUUUUUAAACGACCCAAAUAUCAUUUUUGUGGUUAUUUGUUUUAAACUCUAUCGGUUUUUUUAAAACAACCACUAACGAAAUCAAACAUUUUACCGCUACAGAGUUAUGGCCAAUCAGAGUCAAAAUCCUGGAACACCUAGUACUAGUAAUCAAUAUCCAAACUGGCCUCAGCCAAUGAACUGGUCUUACGGAAAUUAUACGGGAUCUCAAAUGUAUAAUAUGAAUGCGUUUUAUGGAGCACAAUGUUAUAAUCCGCAAGGAUUUCAAAGUUUUCCCAGUCAAUCUUUAAAUUUUAAUUUUAAACCAUUUGUUCAUGGAGGCACACUAGAAACUGCAUCUGUUUCACAUGAAAAUUCUCCUCCUCUACCAAAUGGACCAGCUCCUUCACAACCACCUCCACCUCAAUUCGAUAGUGAUGAUUUAGAUAAACUUCCACCUUUACCACCUGGUUCUCCACCGCCAGUUUCUGGAAUAUGUGAUGUGCCUCUACCACCUCAACCAAAUAUAUCAUCCUUACCUCCCAUGCCUCAAACUAAGAAUGGUAGAAAAAAAUGGAGAAAAAAACAAAGGAACUUAAUGGAAGCAGCUAUGGCUAACCAGUCGGCACAAAUUACCCCUCCUACAUAUCCCAUAAUAAAUUUUGUUCCUCCUGUUCCUAUUUCACAACCCCCUCCUACUCCAAAACAAACUGUACCAAAUUCUUUAUUUUCAUUUACUCCUAUAGUUCCCAGCAAACCACCACCACCUCAACAACCAGCACCACCUAAAGAAAUUCAAUCUAUUCAAAAAAAACAAAAUACAUUUGAUUUGCCUGAUAAUUGUCCAUCUAGUUUGAGAGAUUAUAUAAAAAAAUGCCAAGAUAAAUGUAUAAAUAAAAUUGACAGAGAUAGAAUGGAUAUAAUUUUAAAAGGAAAAUUAACCAAUGCAAAUCAUGAUGGAUCACUAUGGAUUAAAGACUGGGCUAAAGAACCAAUGCCAAUGUUAUUAAGUGAAAAUAUUACAAUUAACCAAAAUCAAGAAAAUAGUAAAAAUAAAAAUUCGAUAAUCAAAAUUGCAUUCAAAAAAUCUACAAAUAACUAUGUCAACUGCUACUUUACUUCUAAAUUCAAAUCUUGUUUGUCUCCUUCAUCAAAUAGUUCUAAUGAAUCUAAUACUGAUGCCAUUAAAAAGAAAAACAGUCCAUUACGCGAAAAUAAAAGACAAAAUAGUGAUGAUUUUAUUCCCCUUAAUGUCAAUAGUGAUGAAAGUAAUAGCAAAAAGAGUAAAUGUACUAGUAAAAAUAAAAAAUUGUAUAAUGAAGAUGCUCAUAUAUAUCAACAGUAUGGUUCAAUAAAUAAUAAACCAAAUUAUGAUAAACAAGUAUUGACCAAACGUGCUGCACGUUUUUCAUCCCAAGGAAGUCCAAAAAAAAAGCCUCGUCAAAUGAUCAAAAAUGAUUAUCAUACACAAAAGUUAUCCUCUAUAGACGAUGAUGAAUUUCAUAUAGAUUCUUGCCAUAUUGUCGGAACAUGCAUUGAUUUAGAAAAAAAAUAUUUAAGAUUGACUGCAGCACCAGAUGCUGAAGCUGUAAGACCACUAAGGGUUUUGGUAAAUUCAUUACAACAUGUCAAGUCCAAAUGGAUGAAUAAUAGCGACUAUGUUUUUGCAUGUGAUCAAUUGAAGUCAAUUCGACAAGACUUAACAGUGCAAGGUAUUAGGGAUCCAUUUACAGUUGAAGUAUAUGAAACACAUGCUAGAAUAGCUUUAGAAAAAAGUGAUAUGGGAGAAUUCAAUCAAUGUCAGACUCAAUUGUGUGAUUUAUAUGAGGAAUUGAAAGAUAAUCCUACCGCUCAAAAAAACAGAAAUGAAUUUCUCUGUUAUAGUAUAUUAUAUUGUAUAUAUACAAGAGCUUUAUGUGAGUUAAACAAUAUUGUAUUGUGUAUUAAGGAAUCAAAAAUCAAAGAUAAAAGUGUAGAUUUUGCAUUGAAAAUCAAAGAUGCGUGGUGGUUAGGAAACCAUAUUCAGCUAUUUUCUUUGUACAAAGUAGCUCCUAAAAUGGCUUCAUACUUAAUGGAUAUGUUUCUGGCUAGAGAGCGCAAUAACUUCUAUUUGGCUAUUGCCAAGUCUUACCGUCCAACUAUUCCAAUCUCGACCAUUCAAGAUCAAAUGGCAUUCGAUAAGCGUGAGGAUUGUUUGGCUUUUCUUAAGGCUGCAGGCGCUGUAUUUACUUCCAAUAACGAAAACAUCGACUGCAAAGCAAGCUGCGGUUCGGCCGAAGCUUGACUUUCAGAUGGUUUCGUUCUCAUAUCUACGUAAUCACAUAUAUAUAUGUAUAUAUCUAAUAUAUGAAAGUCUUCGUUGAUUUGUCGUCAUAGAAAAGAACCACGAUGGGCCACAAUUUAAAAUUCUACUUCUAUUUAUAAAUCUAACUACAUCUAUAAAAUUAUUUUAUGACUCAGAAAUAAAUUAGGUAUGUUAGUCAUGGAGACUAACAUAUGUUUUUCAACACGAUUUAUUCGAAUGGAUCACUUUGCACAAAAAUGUUAACCAUAUUUUUGCGCAAUUCAGCUUUGUUUUCUACGUCCAUCUCUCUUUUUUUUUCUUUUUUCUUUUUGUCGAUUGUCUUUGGCCUUCAUUUUUCUGAUGGCUACAAAAUGUUAUGAAGAAAUCACUGAUAUUUUUGUAUCUACACCCAAUUGUUUGUUAAAUCAUGAGUAAGUAAGAGAUGUCCCAAAUACUACAUGAAAAUUCAAUUGUCUUGCAAUUGAGAAAAAAAUACUUGCUCAAUGAAAGUAUGCGGUCACUUGUGCCAAAACUUGAGUUAGGUAAGUAGGUGCUCUGUUGCUGAAUUUUGUGAAAAUCCUACCUAUGUAUCAUGGAAGAAAGUAUAGCAGACACCAAUUCAAUGUGGAUCAAUUUUAAAAAGAACCAACUGGAAAAUUCAUAUCAAUUAACCAUACAUUUGUUUUGUGUGUAACAUCAACAUACAAAACAUUUAGUCCAAAUAUUUUUUUCUUAUAUUUAAUUACUCAAUUCAUAUUAAUAUGAUCAUUGCAUUUGCAUUGGCAUAUAAAAAAUACAUUUAAUAGUAUAAUGUGAUUCUUCAUUCAAGGAUAAUUCAAUAUGACUGUACAAUUCAUAGUGAUUUGUUGAAAAUAUUAUUUGUUUUUUUUUAGCAUCAAUUACAUUAAGAUAACUGUCCAACUUCAUUAUUGAUUUGACGCAUUAAAUUAAAGGAGAAUUUUUUUGAUCAUUAUAUGGACUGAGGCAUUUAUAUUUUUUUAAUAGGAUACAUUUUGUGCAUAAGGUUGAGUAAUUUUACCAAAUUUUAUCAAUAUUCAAUUCUAAUAGGAUAAUUAUGGUCCAGUUAAUUAUGUGAAUAAUAUUUUAUUCAGACUCGUGGUUUAUUUUUAUUUUUUAGUUUAUUUCUUCGACAAAUUACA